UAAACCCUCCAUAACGCACACUCUGCAACGCUCCGCCACUACCGUAAACACCCUGCAUUUGGGGCAGUGUAAUUCGGCUCACGCCAUUGUGCUCGACAAGCCGCGCUGGCUGAAACGCCUGACACACGGUCAACAAUGGGAAGAGAGCCAGCAACUUCACAGCCAUUAUGCACCGUGUGAGCCACUGGGGCAAAGGUCAUCUGUUUUGCUUACAUGACGGCUUGUUGCAGUUUAACUACUUUGUUACAUAGUUCUCACCAAUCUUUUCGUCCAGAGAAGGCCACACAUUCCCAGGUUAAACAGUUGGGGUUGCCUGUUUUUUUUUGUUUUUUUUUUUUAAGUUACCGUGUCACAUGUUAACUGAACACAGCAAGACAGUCACUUUGCUGGAGUGACCCUUUGUCAGACUGAAAGGAUGGUGGCCGACUACAGUGAAGGGAACGGAGACCUCCCUGAUGGGGAGACAGCUGUGGAAAUAAAGAUGGCUGCAUGUCAGGACGACAACAAACAAGAUAACGGAGACGUGGAGAUGGUUGCGUCUGCUGCUGAAGCACCGUGUCCUCCUGAAGAACCUCCAACGGCAACCACGACCUCCUUCAAGUGGGAAUUUGCUGUGAUAUUCCUGUGUUUCUAUGGUUUCAUGGCGUCCAUAAGACCAGGAGAGUCCUUCAUCACACCUUAUCUGCUGAGCCCAGAGAGGAACUUCACCAGAAAACAGGUGACCAAUGAGAUCACUCCGGUGCUGACCUACUCCUACAUGGCGGUGCUGGUGCCAGCCUUUCUGCUGACUGACCUCAUGCGCUACAAGCCAGUUUUGAUCAUCCAGGGUGUCAGUCAGGUGGUUAUCUGGAUCAUCCUCCUUUUGGGUGACUCCCUGCUUCAGAUGCAGUUCAUGGAGUUCUUCUACGGCAUCACCAUGGCCUGCCGUGUGGCCUACUCCUCCUACAUUUUCUCCCUGGUCAGCCCAGCCAGCUACCAACGGGUCGCCAGCUAUUCGCGCUCUUCGGUGCUUCUUGGAGUCUUCACCAGCUCUGUACUGGGCCAGCUGUGCUUGUCCCUGGGCAACAUCAGCUAUUACACUCUAAACGCCGUCACGUUGGGCUUCGCCAGCUUUGGCCUGCUGCUGGCUCUGUGCCUGCCGUGGCCCAAACGAUCCCUGUUCUUUAACAAAGCUUCCAACAAGGCGCACGCUGAAGCCACGGAGGCUGAGCUACACAAGAUGAACCUGGCCGGAGAAGCGCCGUCGAAAUCUGUAAACCAGCACGUGGGCUCCUGCUGGAAGGACUCCGUCAUCGUGCAGAUGUUGCUGGAGCUGAAGAAUGUGGUGAAGAAGCCCAGCCUCAGGCUGUGGUCCUUGUGGUGGGUCUUCAACUCCACAGGCUACUACCUGGUGUUGUUCUACGUCCACAUCCUGUGGAGUAAUGUCACAGCCUCAGCCAACCAGACUAUUGUUUACAACGGUGGAGUGGAGGCGGCAUCAACACUGCUGAGUGUGCUCACGUCAUUCUCCGCCGGCUUUGUGAAAAUCCGCUGGAACCUUUGGUCUGAACUGGUGAUCGGGAUCAUCACCGCGGUGCAGGCUGGGCUGCUGCUGAUCAUGUGCAUGUCCGACAGCAUCUGGGUGUGCUACGUGACCUACGUCCUCUUCAGAGGAUUCUACCAGUUCCUGGUACCAGUGGCAACUUUCCAGAUUGCGUCGUCGCUCACCAAGGAGCUGUGCGCGCUGGUGUUUGGCAUCAACACCUUCUUUGGGACGGUGCUGAAGAGCAUCAUCAACCUCAUCUUUUCGGAUCAAAGAGGGCUGGCGCUGGACGUGCGCUCUCAGUUCUGGGUGUUCUUCAGCUACUUCACCCUGCUGACUGUUGUCUACCUCCUCUGUGCCGCUGUGGUGCUCAUCCGUCACCGCAGAGGAGCGUCUCAGCAGGCCGCAGCCAAUCAGCAGCCAGGAGCUUUGUGAAGUGCCGCAGAAGAAAGACUGGUCAGGAGACGUCUCGCGCGACUGCUGCCAAAAGAAUCAAAAUAAAGUGCCUUGGUGUCGUGCACCUGCGAGGAGGCGACUCGGACUCAGCCAUGUCUUCAUACAGGGACCAAACGUGUUCAUAAGUCGACUUCACAACAGUCCAAUUCUGUGCAAGGACAGACUUCUACUGACACUGCUUGUGCUUUAGCUGCUUUGUGUGACCUUCGGAAGGAAACUGACCAAUUGUAUUUGUGGUAAAACAUUUGACUGGAUGACUAGGACCUGAAUAGUAGGAGCAAUCAAAGUCCACAUGUAUUAUGUUAUCUUGAGUAGGAGCUUUUGAGGUUGUCCUCAUGUGAUGCCGAUUUGUGAUCUGUUAGCAACAGGAUCCUGGAUGGAACUGACUGACUUAGCAGUUUAGGCCAAUACAGUAUCUUAGUGCUGAUCACGUGAUUGCGUCAGAGCUGAGACACGGUCGAGACAAUGUUGAUCAAGAAGAAGACCUGCCUCAGAGACGCAGGAACUAAGGAAAGAUUGUUUGGAUUUUUUUGUUGACUGAUCAGGAUUUCCAGUUAACACUUUGUACACUGUGUGAUGUGGGGUUAAGAUGGAAUACGACUGUGAAGUUGUUCGAAUGCUGUAAAAUAAAACAUUCUUAAUUCAAUAAAAAAAAAA